AUGGAGGCUCUUUCUUCCCGCCAGCUAUUCACGAGCCCGAUCCCCCUUCGUUCCUAUAUUCGCGCCCGCGAUACAGUCACAUUCCGGCCGACAUCACUUCCCGUGCUCUCGUCGCGCACCCGCUUUACAGUCACACCCACCGCCAGCGCUCUCGGCAACGGGGAGAAACCCCGCCAAGCGCGCAAUUCCGCUCCGCCCUCCGCCGUUUCGCAAUCCGCGGAGUCGCGCGCGCAGCAGGCAGGGGCGGCGGGCGCGGAGAAAGAGGAGCCGCUCCCCGUGUCGCAUCUGACGGCGAUCUCCCCCGUCGACGGGCGCUACGGCCGCCUGCCCGCGCUGCAGCGGCUCCGCCGCAUUUUCAGCGAGUUUGGUCUGAUUAAGUUCCGCGUGCUUGUGGAGGUGCGGUGGCUGCAGCAGCUGUCGCGCAUGCCCGAGGUGGUGGAGGUGCCGCUCCUCUCCCCCCAGGCCCAUGCUGACUUAGACGCUGUUGUGACUGGGUUCAGCGAGGCGGACGCACAAGAGGUGAAGCGGGUGGAGGCGACAACCAACCACGAUGUGAAGGCGGUGGAGUAUUUCCUCAAGGCUAGGUUCCAGGACCACCCAGAGAUCAGCCCGAUCCUGGAAUUUUUCCACUUCGCGUGCACGUCAGAGGAUAUUAACAACCUCUCGCACGGCCUCAUGCUGUCAGCCGCCGUGAAGGAUGAGGUGCUGCCCGCCAUGGAUGGGGUCAUCGCCACGCUCAAGGGCAUGGCGCAUAAGUAUGCAGACCAGCCCAUGCUGUCGCGCACCCACGGGCAGACCGCUUCCCCCACAACGGUCGGCAAGGAGCUGGCAGUCUUCGCCGCCCGGCUGCAGGCGCAGCGGGAUCAAAUCUCCGCCGUCCAGAUCCUCGGGAAGAUGGCCGGCGCGGUGGGCAACUACAACGCCCACGUGGCAGCAUACCCGGAUGCUGAUUGGUCGGCUGUGGCAGAGGAAUUUGUGACGGGACUAGGGUUACGGCUGAACCCGUAUGUGACGCAGAUCGAACCGCAUGACUAUGUGGCGGAGCUGUUUGAUGCCGUGUGCCGCUUCAACACCAUACUGAUUGACUUGGACCGGGAUAUGUGGGGAUAUAUCUCGCUCGGUUAUUUCCGCCAGCGGCCUGUGAAGGGCGAGAUCGGCUCGUCCACCAUGCCGCACAAGGUGAACCCCAUCGACUUUGAGAACAGCGAGGGCAACCUUGGGAUUGCCAACGCCAUCAUGGGCCACCUGUCCGCCAAGCUGCCCAUCUCACGCUGGCAGAGGGACCUGACGGACUCUACUGUUCUCCGUAAUCUAGGGGUGGGUCUGGCGCACUCGCUCAUCGCCUACAGCAGCACGGCCAAAGGGCUCUCCAAGGUUGAUCUGGACGCUAUCAGGAUCGAGGCGGAUUUGAACGACUCGUGGGAGGUGCUGGCAGAGCCCAUUCAGACGGUGAUGCGGCGGUAUGGAGUUCCCAAUGCUUACGAGCGCCUCAAGGAGGCAACAAGAGGGAGAUCGGUGACGCAAUCAGAUCUGAUUGCGCUGAUCGAUUCCUUGGAGGGUGAAGUGCCUGACGAAGCCCGAGAGCAGAUGAGACAAAUGAUGCCGGCCAGCUACGUGGGGCUUGCUGCCAGGCUGGCAAAGGAGGUGUAG